CUGGUUUGAUCAUUUGAAGCGACGCGAUGAGGGUUUCACUGGUUAUAUUUCGAAUUAAUUUAUGUUCAUGCAUAAAACUUAUAUUUCAUCCAUUAAUUAAUUAAUUGCUUUCUCAUACAAUCUCAUUCAUAUCCUCAACUUAUUAAUUGUUUUCUCAUACAAUUUUAUUGAUAUCAUCAAUCAAUCCAUUUUAUUCAUAGAUUCAUCAACUAAUCUACCAAUCCAUAGAACCAAUUCAUUUAUCAUAUUUAUUAAUGAACCACUUUUUUAGCUUUUGGGAGUUACUAUUGAUCGCCCUAAAAUUUUGAAUUUUGUCGCCCUAAAUUAAAAAUAGACACAUUUGUCCCUGACCCCAAUUUCUAACACAAGCCUCAUUCAUUUCACCGUCCUUGUCCUCCAAGCACAACCCAAAUGCACAAAAAAUGAUGAUGCCAAAAUUUCUUCUGUUGACGACAGUUUCCUCCACUAUAAAACUGGAUGAAUAAUCCCGUCGGAUCAAGCGAAAAACAACCCGUCGACAGCCGAUGGAUUCCGCUCGCCGCCGAUGGGAUUUCAACCCCCUUCCCUCGUGCAACAAACGUAAACCCUGCCUGUUCCAGCGGUGGAGUUACGAUGAUGACGCCGAGCUUUGAGGGACGACGACGAGAUGCGGCGACCUUCUUCCUCGACAACGACGACGCGACUUUGAGGAGGGACUACGGCGAGCAUGGAGGGACCUUCUUCCUCAGCGGUGACGACAAGCAACAACACAACUUCUUCUUCCUUCUUGACUCGGCGGUGAUUGAUCACGCAGAGGGCGGUGGAGCUCCGACGGAGCUGGGUGGAGUUGCAAGGUGGCGGGUGUUUUUGUGUUUGUAGGGCGUCAGACUGUUUUUGGGAAAGUAAAGAGAGUUGGGCGGAGGGUUUAAGUUAAGUUGGGUAAAAUAGUCUAUUCGAAUAAGUUUAGGGCGAUAAAUUCAAACAGUUAGGACAUCAAAUAGAAGUUCAGCUUUUUUAUUGCGCAUGUGAUAUGGAAUCAGAUAUGCCAAAUAUGAUAUUUCUCGGUUAUAUGUUAACCAUAUUAAUGGAAUUGGGACCAUUUUUAGUUUUUCAAAAUAUCAAGUAGCGAAAAGAAUGAAAAUGGGUCAUGCAA